CUGGCGAGUGCGCGUCCAAUGCAGUGUGUUCUGUGCGUUCCCCCCAUUUUUAUUUGUUCCCUUCAAUAGUGUCCGGUAGUCCGGCCUCCCGCUGGCCCUGUUCCUGUCCGACGUCGACGUCGCUUGUUAGUCAGAUACUAUCCCCCCAGGCGCUCUCGCGGCAACCGAAUCCGUAGUGCACGGAUGUGUAGUGUGCAGUUUUCUGAUAUUUGGUAGAAUAUUGCGAUUGCGCCUUGGGGACGUCUGCUAGUUUGGCCGUGCACUGAUUUUUCGGUGCUCUGUGGCUGUCCCGAAUUCGGCUUGAGAUUUUGUGUUUGUAUUCGCAGAACGCCUCCAGGUUUCAUGAUCGUUGAUUUUUUCGGCAGUGUGUUCACGGAGAAUAAUUAUUUUUAGUGUUUUUUGGUGGCAGCAAGCUGCGAGAUUUUUUUUCGUCGAGUGUUUUUCUGCGUAUGUGACAGUACGUAAGUGUCAUUCAAGAGUGAAGUUUUUAUUUUAGGACGUGUUUUUUCGCCACAUUUCUUCGCGAUAUUUGCGUGUUGAGCUGAAAGAAAGAAAAAAAACCAUCAGGUCACGAAGCGACGGUUUAAAAACCUUCAAAAGUCAUGACACAUUGAUGUUUCUGUAAACAGCAACCAAGAGAUAGGAAAUAUCGUGUGUCAUCCAUUGAAGAAGUGUGCAAAGUACGCUGUCGGUAGUCAAAAUACAGCAUUGUAUCAGUGAGUGAAUCGUCAACAGUGCGGUGCUGCUUUUUUUUGGGUUGAGAUUGAAUCAUUGUGUAGCUGACUGGAAUAUCAACACGCACGGCGACAUCCUACUAAGCAUCGUUGAAGAGCACAUUUCGUCACGGCUGUGCAUUUUGGAAGGGAAGAUCGCGGGCUGUUGCAAUUCCAUCGGGCCAGGUGGCAUCAAGUGGAGCGAGGUGUUGCGACCUCAAGUAUAGAAUUUUUGCGACCUUGAAUUAGUUCAACAAAGCCGUCAAAAUAGGUGCCAUGGGGAAAGACUACUACAAAACCCUGGGCAUACCGAAAGGGUCCACGGAUGAAGACAUCAAGAAGGCCUACCGAAAGCUGGCACUGAAAUACCAUCCGGACAAAAACAAAAGCCCGGGUGCCGAGGAGAAGUUCAAGGAGGUGGCCGAGGCAUACGAGGUGUUGUCGGACAAAAAGAAACGAGAGCUGUAUGACAAAUAUGGGGAGGAUGGACUGAAAGGAAGGGCGUCGAAUGGUACUACAAAUUCGUCACAAAACUUCACAUAUGAAUUCCACGGUGAUCCGCGGGCGACGUUUGCACAGUUUUUCGGUUCUAGUAAUCCAUUCGCCUCCUUCUUUGAUAUGCACAAUGAUAGUCUAUUCAAUGACAGUCUGUUCAAUGACGAUGAAUUUUUCACGUCCUUUGGCGGGCUGGGGAACCGGCACGGGCUGGGAGGAGCAUUUAGGUCACAUUCUUUCAACGUUCACUCACCACUCAAGAAGGAAAAGGUGCAGGAUCCGCCGAUCGAGCACGAUCUGUACGUGACGCUCGAGGAGAUCUACCAUGGCUGUGUUAAGAAGAUGAAAAUCUCUCGGAGGGUACUGCAACCGGACGGUACCUCCAAGAAGGAGGACAAAUAUGUCAGUAUUUCGGUCCGGCCGGGCUGGAAGUCGGGCACCAAGGUUACCUUCCAGAAGGAGGGCGACCAGACGAAAGGAAAAAUACCUGCCGACAUAGUUUUCAUAAUCCGCGACAAACCGCACGUCUGGUUCAGGCGGGAAGGCAGCGAUCUGCGGUACACGGCUAGGUUGACGUUAAAACAGGCUCUCUGCGGUGUGAUCUUCGAGGUGCCCACGAUGACCGGUGAGAAACUGCGCAUCAGUACAAAGCAGGAGAUCAUCAAACCGAACACGGUCAAGCGGAUCCAGGGCUACGGACUGCCAUUCCCGAAGGAACCGACACGAAAAGGCGACCUGCUGGUGGCGUUCGACAUCAAAUUCCCGGACAAGCUGACACAACCGGAGAAGGAACUGCUGACCGAUAUGCUGCCGAAUUCCUAGUUUCGUUGGCGGGUGUGGAUCGAGGGACAACUCCUGCCCCCCCCCCCCCCCGCGCUCCAGGGGUUACUUUUCUUCGUGCAGUCCGUCUUCCAUUGAGACCGGUCUUGAAAUUUCAUGUACUCUUUUCUGUUGAAUGACUUACAACUUCCUCCUGCCGUUAUGAUACAGUCUACUGGUAUUUAUGUUUUGUAAAAAAAUCAAUUUUUAUUUAUCAACGUAACAUCAAACUACGCACGAACGCUGCAAGUGUUUAUUAGUUUACCUGUAAAUAUUAAACAGUCCAAUGCUGCUCGCGAACAAAUACAACCGGUAUUGAUUUUCGUUUGUUAAUUUUAAUUAUCAUCUGCAUUUGAGGUCCUGAUUUUUCUCCGUUGAUCUUUUAAUCCGUACCGUGCCCUGGAAAUGUACUCCAGCGGUGGCAGUAAUAAAUAUUGAUAUUUUGACCCCCUAGCUAAACCUACUCCCGGCAUACUCAAUUGUAUAGGAAAUAAAACAUCUAUUUGUAACAACACUGAUGAAGAUAAUGCUGAUGAUUUUAAUGAAUAUUAAUAAUAUUUAAUUUAAACUCGCGUUGUCUGAUUCUUUAAUAAUAUAUAUUCUAUUAUACAGUA